GCCUAACACCUACAAAAAGGGCCAUUCCUCAUUCCCCAUUUCACAGUUUCCAACUUUCCACCCUUCCCUUUAGCCUUCUAAGUUUCCGAUACUCGAAAAUGAGAGAAAUCUUGCACGUUCAAGCCGGACAAUGCGGUAACCAAAUCGGAGGCAAGUUUUGGGAGGUAAUGUGUGAUGAGCAUGGAAUUGAUCCAACUGGAAAGUACGUUGGGAAUUCUCAUCUUCAACUUGAGAGAGUCAAUGUCUACUACAAUGAGGCUAAUGGUGGUCGAUAUGUGCCUAGAGCUGUGUUGCUGGACCUUGAGCCAGGAACUAUGGACAGCUUGAAAACAGGUCCUAUUGGGAAUAUAUUCAGGCCAGAUAACUUUGUGUUUGGCCAAAAUGGAGCUGGAAACAAUUGGGCUAAAGGGCAUUACACAGAAGGAGCGGAGCUGAUCGACUCUGUUCUUGAUGUGGUUCGCAAAGAGGCAGAGAAUUGUGAUUGUCUGCAAGGGUUCCAGGUUUGCCAUUCCCUUGGAGGUGGAACAGGGUCGGGAAUGGGAACCCUUCUGAUAUCAAAGAUCAGGGAAGAGUACCCUGAUAGAAUGAUGAUGACUUUCUCAGUCUUCCCUUCCCCUAAAGUCUCAGACACUGUGGUCGAGCCCUACAAUGCCACCCUCUCUGUUCACCAAUUAGUCGAAAAUGCGGAUGAGUGCAUGGUCCUCGACAAUGAAGCCCUCUACGAUAUCUGCUUCCGAACUCUCAAGCUCACAAAUCCAAGUUUCGGUGAUCUGAACCAUUUGAUCUCCACAACAAUGAGUGGAGUCACAUGCUGCCUCCGCUUCCCGGGACAACUUAACUCCGACCUCCGUAAACUUGCCGUGAAUCUCAUCCCUUUCCCACGCCUCCACUUCUUCAUGGUUGGUUUCGCACCGCUGACCUCCCGCGGCUCCCAACUCUACCGUUCCCUCACCAUCCCUGAGCUCACACAACAAAUGUGGGACGCCAAGAACAUGAUGUGUGCCGCAGACCCCCGCCACGGCCGAUACCUCACCGCCUCGGCCGUGUUCCGUGGCAAGAUGAGCACAAAAGAAGUUGAUGAACAAAUGAUCAACAUACAGAACAAGAACUCCUCAUACUUUGUGGAGUGGAUCCCAAACAAUGUCAAAUCAAGUGUGUGUGACAUUGCCCCAACCGGGUUGUCCAUGUCCUCCACGUUCAUCGGGAACUCGACAUCAAUUCAAGAGAUGUUUAGAAGAGUUUCAGAGCAAUUCACAGUCAUGUUCAGGAGGAAGGCCUUCUUGCAUUGGUACACUGGUGAAGGUAUGGAUGAAAUGGAGUUCACUGAGGCUGAGAGUAACAUGAAUGAUUUGGUUUCGGAGUAUCAACAAUAUCAGGAUGCUGUGGCACAAGAUGAUGAGGAAGAGUAUGGAGAAGAAGAGAUGGAGAAUUGAGGACAAAACUAAGUUUUGGGCUGGGAAGAAAACUCAGAUAUAAUUUAUCAUGCAAUGUUAUUGGAUCUAUUGAGCUUAAUUUUCAGCUUGUGCUUGUUCUUCAUUAUCAAUAAGGGGGUUCAUUUGUAAUCUGUUCAUGGGGAUUUGUUGUCAUCGUGAUGUUGUGACUUGUGAAUAUAUGAUGGUUGCAUUUA